UACACAUAAACCCCUUUUAUCAACAUUAGAUGAGAGUUUUAAUUUUGAUUCUACUCUUGAUUUUGGGCUAUUUUGUAAUCAAUAGAUAACCGGAGGUUUAUGUCAGCACACUUCACAUCAUGGAGGACAAAUUUGCAAUAUCACUGUUUCAUCAUUUUCAUUUCAUUAAAACGACAACGUUUAGGUUAAUCUUGGUCCUAGUUUGGAUUCGGAAACGCCGCCGUCACAAUCACACAAUUGGGUAAACGAUAUGGAAGACAACGAUCAGAGCUUCACUGCCGAAACCCUAGAUCCGGCAUUGCAGAAGAAGCACCAUGACAUGCUCGAGCGUCUCUCUGCUCGUCACCAAGCUCGAAAAUCAGAUUCACCUGACGCUUCCUCUUCGUCGUCCUCCUCCACUCUUGAAUCGACAUCCUCGUUUCUCGCUAAAUUCUCCGAUUCAAAGCGAUCCAUCGAGUCUCGGAUCGCUGAGUCACGACUCGUUUCCUCCUCUACGGAUUCGUCAAAGCUUAAAUCGGAUCUUGCUGAGAUCUCCGUAGCUAUUAACAAUCUGGAGAAGCUUCUCGCUGAGAACUCGUAUUUUCUUCCUUCCUACGAGGUUCGAUCCUCUCUGAAAAUUGUAUCCGAUCUCAAACAGAGUCUCGAUAUUCUCUCCGGCGAGUUAGUCCCGAAGAAGAAGUUCUCGUUCAAGAGCAAAUCAACGACCAAAAAGCCGGAAUCAAAACUCCCGGAGAUACAGAAAUCCGACGCCGUUUUACCUCCGAAACUCCUCCCCGUACGCGAUUCUCCGGGAUUGAGAAACAAACACGGAGUGACUCUGGUGAAAAGUUUCAAAGGCUCGUCGAUCGGAGAAUUCACAUUGUCGGAUCUUGAUUCAUGUCAAGUAAAAUUAACAGGAACUGUUAACGCUCUGUUCCUUCACCGAUUAAAGAAGUGCAAUGUGUACACAGGUCCAGUGAUUGGUUCAAUUCUGAUUGAUGACGUAGAAGAUUGUGUUCUUGUAUUGGCGUCGCAUCAGAUCAGAAUCCAUUGCGCUAGGAAGAGUGAUUUCUACCUGAGAGUGAGGAGUCGUCCCAUAAUUGAAGACAGCAAUGGUGUCAGAUUCGCUCCUUAUUGUUUGGAUUACCAAGGAAUUGAGGAAGAUUUGAAGACGGCGGGUUUGGAGGAGGAGACUAAGAAUUGGGCCAAUGUGGAUGAUUUCCGGUGGCUGAGAGCUGUACAGUCUCCUAAUUGGUCAGUUUUGCCGGAAGAAGAAAGGGUUUCUUUGGUUACCAUUUCCAGUGAAGGAGAUUCUCGAGCUUGAACAUUUAUAUGAGAGACAUCUCCAAAGAAGCACUCUUUUAAACAAGUCUAUUUGUAUUCGAGAUGAUGAUUGUGUGUUCCCUUGAAUGUUGCUUCUUUACAUAUUUGCCUUUAUUUGUGACAAGUUUCAGAGUUGAAUUACAAUCUUACACUUAUUAGUAUCGCAGAUUAUCAUCAACAAAGUCUUAAUUGGUGGUGUACUGUAGUUGGAAAAAAAAAAAAUGUGUUCGUUGAUAGUCUUCUUCUGAAUUUGUCACAGCCAUUGUUAA